AUGCACUCGCGUCGACCCGAGACUUUGAAGAUUGACAUCUCAAAGUAUAGGGGGGUCGAAGAAGACUCCCUCUUGAGAUGGUUCGUCGAAUUGGAUGACGCCAUAAGGGCGCGUCGCAUCGACGACGGGGAUAUGCAAGUUGCAUUUGCCCUGUCAAAUCUGGCAGGACGUGCCAAGACUUGGGCACUGGGGCUCAAGUUGCACGACCCAUAUGCGUUUGGGUCGUUGGAAGUCUUCAAGUCGCGGCUCAGACAAACGUUUGAACCGCCUAGAGCUGAGUUCAGGGCUCGAACCGAACUCUUGAAGCUCAAGCAGGGUAAGCGUGAUGUGCACGCUUACGCUCAACAUAUACGACAUCUCACGAGUUGUAUAAGUUCCAAUCCGGUGGAUGAACACACGUUGGUUUCGGUGUUCAUACAGGGUCUUGCGGAUGGUCCCGUCAAGACUCACCUGUUCCGGCUUGAACUAGAUUCACUAGAACAAGCCAUUUCCAUUGCGGAGCAGGAAGACUUCAGUCUGAGACAGGCUCGCGCCAGCUCGACAUCAUAUCGUCAACCGAGGCGAUAUGACAACGGAGGUCCAGAGCCGAUGGAACUCUGUUAUGUAGAGAGCGAGAAGGCUCGCUCUACAGGCUACAAGAAGUUGCAGAGAUGCAACAGAUGUCAAAAGACAGGACACUACGCUUACGAGUGUAGUGCCACUCGUCCAGUGUCUCGCAACACUGGGCGUAGUGACCGUCCACCCAUGAGAAAGGGGCAGGGACGCGGAUCCGCUGCUGGCGUAAAGACGCAACAACGGGAUGGACCGUCAAAAAACGGACAGGAUCAGUAG